UUGGAUCUGGGUGCGGACACGAUCGCCCAAGAACCAGACCAGGACUACAUUGGCUUGAGCCUGGAGAUGCUGAAGAGAAGACAGAUUCUUUCCAUUGUGUUGAUUGCAUUAAUUGCAUUACCAUGGAUUCUGCUCCUCAGAGUUUGGCACCAAACUGUGCUGAGGGCGCGGCCCGAUGUGCUACCUACCAUCCACAUCAUCACCCCCACAUACAGCCGCCCGGUGCAGAAAGCAGAGUUGACGCGGCUGGCGAACACCUUCCUCCACGUACCCGCCGUGCACUGGAUCGUGGUGGAGGAUUCGCCGAGGAGAACGGCGCUCGUUACGAGGCUCCUUCGACAAACGGGGCUUAAAUACACUCACCUCAACGCAAAGACGCCCGCAGACUAUGAAACGCAGUGGGAAAAUGGUGACUCCAGUGUCCCCAGAGGGACCAUGCAAAGGAAUCUGGCCCUGCGGUGGCUGAGGGAGAACUUUCACAACAGUCGAGCUGGAAUCGUCUACUUUGCUGAUGAUGACAAUACUUACAGCCUGGAGCUGUUUGAGGAGAUGAGAUGGACGAGGACCGUUUCCGUGUGGCCGGUGGCCUUUGUUGGUGGCCUGCGGUACGAGUCUCCCAAGGUCAAUGCAGCUGGAAAGGUCUACGGCUGGAAGGCAGUGUUUGACCCCCAUCGGCCCUUUGCCAUUGACAUGGCUGGCUUUGCCAUCAACCUGAGACUCAUCCUCAUCAAGCCACAGGCAUAUUUUAAGCUUCGUGAGGUGAAGUCCGGCUAUCAGGAGAGCAGUUUGCUUCAGGAACUUGUCACACUCAAUGACCUGGAGCCUAAAGCAGCAAAUUGCUCCAAGAUACUCGUUUGGCACACGAGAGCAGAAAAGCCCAACCUCGUGAACGAGGGGAAAGAAGGAUUCACAGACCUCCAUGUGGAGAUCUGA